AUGAAGUAUACGCUCGGUUUCGCGCUCGCAGCCCUACUUCCACUCGUUGCUGGCAGCACUACCACCAAUUCAAGUACUACUUGCUACAAUCUCGAUGGUUCUCAGGCUACGGGCGAUGUUCCCUGUGGCUCGGGAACGGUAGUCAACUGCUGUAAUACCAAUGACAUUUGCCUGUCCAAUGGACUAUGCUUUCUCCAGGGAGAUCGGGGCAUGGCGCUUUCCCAGGGAAGCUGCACCGAUCGAAACUGGAGUGCUAACUGCUAUGCACCAUGCUCCCGCUACACCAGGCAGAGCAGGAUUCCGAUCAUUCAUGUGGAUUAUGAUGACGAGGACUCCAAGUACUGCUGCGGCGCGGUACUGACGGAAGACGAUAGAACAUCGUGCAAGUACGGCGAUGGCCCCUUUCAAAUCCCCCGGGGAGCGGCGGUGAUCGGAUAUGCAGCUCUUUCACGUAAUUCCUCUUCCGAUGAUGAGUCGUCCGACUCCGACUCCGACUCCAACAGUGAGAGCUCUUCGACCACAACAUCAACAUCCCAAGUCUCGCCCAGCCUUGCUAUCGGCGUCGGGAUUGGCCUGCCGCUAGGGUUACUAGCCAUGGGUGGUGUCCUGUGGGCGGUUUGGGAGCGUCGUCGUCGUCAGCUUCGGCAGUCAGGCGAGGGAAGUGAGAGCGGAACGACAGUAUCUGGGCUGCAUCAUCGCUAUGGACCUAUACCUUCUCCCACUCCAAGGUCUGGAGGUCGGGAGUCCCCGGGGGAACUGGGAAAUAGACCACAUACGGAGGAGUUGAUGGAAAGGGUUGAUGAAUCACUGUUAAGGCACCGGUUAUUUUAG